AUGGAACGCUUAAAGAAAUUUUGGAAUGACAUUGUCGGUAAUGAAGUUGAUUAUUCACAAUUCGAAACAAGGAAUGGUGAUACGGAUAUUAUUGUUUUCCGUGAGAAAUCCUCUAAGUUCAUGCUCUUUGGCACCAAUAUUCAUGUCGUAUUGGGCGCGACAAUUGCUGCAACAAUUGGUUUAAUGGUGACAAUUACAUUUUGUAUUAUAUAUACAUUUUACCAUCAACGAGGACAGGGAAGAAAUUAUUUCAUCGAUCAUCUUGAACUAGGCUG